AUGCCGCAACGAAAAACAACGACGACGAAUACGACGGGUGGUGGUGUUGAACAACGGGCGUGUCCUCCGGGGAAGUACUCGAGAAGAAGAAGACGUGACGAUGCGUGUGAAAGGGUUAAUUGUUGCUUAUGGCCGCCGGACUUGAACGAGAGAAGCGUGAAUGUUCCCGAGAUUUCGCUUUCGGAGAAUCCCCUAGAUUUGUAUCCACGCGUUGGCGGCGAGCCGUAUAAGAUGUUCUCGGAUAAAACGUAUAUGGACGAGAGUAUUACGGUGGAAAAUACAAACAGCGAGGAGUUUCUUAAAGAUUUGAUCGUGGAAGUGCACGUGAUCGACGACCCCAGCGCAACACACGUCGAUCUCGCCGGGCACAGGAAACCAAACACGCCGAGAAAUUUUACGUUUCAGAAAAUGCCCUGGCGAGAGAUGAUUCGAAGAAUACGAAAAGGAGAGAAGUUAUACACGCGUCACACGAACGGUCCGAAAAAAGCGGCGAACGUUCUGACCGAUUUCCAAGAUCCAGAAACAAAGCGCAAUCCGUUUGAUACUCCAACGUUUCAUGGAAGAUGUCGCGAGACGCGGAGAAUGGUCGAGCGCUUUUACGCGGCGGCGCGGAAUAAUAGUGAUGUUAAUAGUAAUGGUACGGUUGUAACGCACAGUUCUGUUCUGCGCGUUAGUUCGCCAGGGACAACGCUGUGGAUGCAUUUCGAUACUCGAGACAAUAUCUUACACCAGUUGAGCGGUAGGAAACGCGUCAUUUUGUACGCGCCAGAAUGUGAACCGUGGUUGAACGUCGAGGGCUCGUCCGCGAGAUUAAAAUAUAUGCGCGGCUAUGAAAACUUCGACGAAAAAAUUAUAAACGAGAUCAGCUGCGACGAAGAGUUGGAGUAUAAUUACAGGCUCUUUGAUGCUAUUAGAUUGGAGCGCGCACACGUGUGUACGCUCGAACCUGGAGAUGCUUUGUACAUACCGGCACUUUGGUUCCACAGAGUCACGUCGCUCCCGAGCGAGACGAACGAACCGUCGGUUGCCGUGAACGUGUUUUAUAACAGAGUAGAUAUAGACUACGACGGAAAAGAUGUGUACGGGAACAAAGACCCCGUCAAGGGAAAAGACGCCAUGCAAAAAGCGAGUGAACUCGGCGCGAUGUUAAACACUUUGCCUCCCCCGUAUAAGACGUUUUAUGCGAGACGAUGCUUAAACGAAAUCGCGGCGCAGCUCGAUAUGUAUUUGCGAAUCCCCGACCAUAUGCCAAAUUCCCAUCCUCCUCUCGAUAAUACUUUUUGCGAUGAAAAUAAAGAAGCGCUGAAAGCAUUUGAAGAUUGA